CUUUAUUCGAUUUUCAUCUUCAUCCAAUCGUCAUCAGUCUCAAAGCCAUUCAGUGCUGGCCUCUUUAUCGUCAUUUCUUUGUUGACAAACAGUUCCGACUCGGCUUCCUUCAAAUCAAAACCGCCUUUCUGUCACAUAAUCUGAUUGUGAAACAUGAAGGCAGCUGCUGCACGCACAUUUGGCAAGAAGGUAAAAGAUGCCACAUCAGCCCCGGGCAGCACACCAGCCGAUGCUUCUCCCGCUACGAACAGUUCUGAGCCACUCAAGGUCUCUUCACCCGGAACUUUAGUCAUUCGAAUCGUGGAAGCUUCAGGAUUGAAACUUCCUGAUGGUGCCGAGCUUCCGGAGCGGAUCGAACGGGCCUUAAAGAGCGAUGUUAGCGCCGCAUCGUCUGUGACUUCUUUGGCAGGGGCCAACAAAGCACAGCAUCGAGUCAGCGUUUAUCGAAAACAAAAGUGGUGGCUUCCUUAUUGUAUUUUGACUUAUGAUAAAAACGAGAUUCUCGUCGAUGCUGUCAGUGGAGGUUUGGAGAACCCUGGAUGGAUGUAUCGAGCCGACUUCGAUGUGUCUCGUGCGGCCGAUGUCACUGUAUCUGCCUAUCUACGUACUGCUCCUGGACAUGACCGACAGGACAUGGGCAACGAUCUACUACUUAGUAGCGUCACUUUUUCUCCCAACAUCCAGAGCAAGGGCGUUACAGAUACGUGGUAUCCUGCUGGCAGUGGCGACGGCAAGUUCCAUGUCCAAGUGAUGUACAAGGCCUCAGCGAGCGAUCCUUUGACUAUUGACUCGUUUGAGCUGCUCAAAGUCAUCGGUAAAGGAUCGUUUGGUAAAGUCAUGCAAGUCCGAAAGAAGGACACUGGCCGAAUUUACGCUCUCAAGACGAUUCGCAAGGCUCACAUCGUAUCCCGAUCGGAGGUUACUCAUACGCUUGCCGAACGAACCGUCCUGGCUCAAAUCUCCAACCCAUUCAUCGUCCCGCUCAAGUUUUGCUUUCAAAACCCCGACAAACUUUACCUUGUUCUAUCUUUCAUCAAUGGCGGUGAGUUAUUUCAUCAUUUGCAGCGUGAAGGUCGAUUCAGUGAGGAAAGGUCAAGACUCUACACCGCCGAACUUCUAUCCGCUCUUGAGUGUCUCCAUUCCAUGGAUGUCAUUUACCGCGAUUUGAAGCCGGAGAACAUCUUGCUAGAUUAUACGGGUCACAUCGCUCUGUGUGAUUUUGGUUUAUGUAAACUCAACAUGGGCGAGGCUGAACGGACCAACACAUUUUGUGGAACGCCCGAAUAUUUGGCACCUGAAGUGAUCAAAGGUGAAGGUUACGGUAAAACCAUUGAUUGGUGGACUCUAGGUAUACUACUUUACGAGAUGCUUUCGGGGUUGCCGCCAUACUGUGAUCUAGACCAUCACACAAUGUACCGCAAGAUUUUGAAGGACCCCCUCACUUUCCCUGCCGAAAUCAAGCCCGAUGCACGAUCCUUACUCACCGGGCUCUUAGAUCGUGAUGCUAACAGUCGCCUUGGUGCCAAAGGCGCCGAGGACAUCAAACGCCAUCCAUUUUUUUCGAAGUCAAUUGAUUGGGAUCGACUGAACUCCAAAGGCUACCGUCCACCAUUUAAGCCGAGUGUAGAGAGCGUGGCUGACGCUAGCAAUUUCGAUUCCGAGUUCACCAGUGAAAUGCCGAUGGACUCGGUGGUUGAAGAUUCUCAUUUGAGUGAAACUGUUCAACAGCAAUUUGAGGGCUUUACUUUCAAUCCAACUGGGGAGUAUAUGAGUGAAAGCGUUCGAGACUGAUUUGUUAGAUGGUAAAGGAACCAUACUCAGUCCAUACGUAGUCAAUCACGCCGUAGUCCGUUCUCAGAAGAAAACUGCAUUUAUCUCGUCACUGAUCAUACAUUCAUCGUUGUAAUCUGCAUGUCUUGCAUUUUUGUGUGAUCUCAUCCUGCAAAUCCAUCUUCUAUUUUGCCUUGAAGAC